AAUUGAAGACUAAUAUCAAUUAUUACUAGAAAUAGGAAUUGAUCAAAGAACCGAGGUUCUGCAACGGUGGAGUUCACAUGAAGCUCGGCCAACUCACAUAUUUUCUCCACAUUCAUACACAUUUUUAUUUUCUCUCACCAUAUAAUAUAAUAUUAUUCUCUUUCACUCUCUAACCAUCCAAAGGGACCAAAAUCACAAAUGGAAGCCUUGUGGAAGAUAGAGGAUAAACUGAAGCUUACGACGCAAGUAACCGUCGUUUUCUUGGUGGUCACGGCCGCUGCAGUCGCCCUCCUCUGCAUGGCUAUGGCCGCAGUUCUCGGCAGAAACCCUAGAGGGAGGCAGAUCGCAGACGCGGAAUGGGCCGAGACCGCGGUGGGAUCGUGCAGGUGGGGCAGAGUGAAGAGGAGACUGAUGGGUUCCUUCUGCUGGAGUUCUGCGACGCGGUGGGAGGAUGAAACGCUGACGCAGUCGCAGACGCAGACGCAGCAGCCGGCAUUGCUGCUUGCGGGGAGAGAAAGGAGCCGUAACGCGGUUGAUCCCGUUUGGAAGAGGCCGAUCCUGAUGGGCGAGAAGUGUCGGCUGCCGAGGUUCAGUGGCCUGAUUCUGUACGACGAAAGCGGUCGCUUACUACGUAAUCCUCGACAAGCGAGUCUUGGAAAUAACAAGCAAAAACAUGGUCCAGUGGGUAGAACAACUCUGCGGGAUCUGCUCUGAGAGUGUUGGUGAGUCGAGAUCUAGGGUUUUCGCUGUCAGAGGUAACAGUUUUCUUUCCGUGUAAGACAAGUAAAGUCUGCUGUCUGAAACUCGAGAAAAAGAUAGAAAGUAAACUUCAUACUUGUUCUUCGUUCAAAUGCCAAACCUUCUUUACACU